AAUAAUUGUGUUGGAAUAAGUUGUGAUGGCUGUUCCGUCAACAUGUCUGAAAUGCGGGGUGCGGUUACAGAGAUACAAAAGGUGGCGACCAAUAGCAUUAUGUGUGGGUGUAAAAACCAUGCAUUGAACUUAAGCAUAUCCAAAUGUAAUAAGGUCCAACACGUAAGAAAUGCUCUAGGAACCAUCAAAGAAGUAACAAGCUUUUUCAACUCAUCAGGAAAAAGAAAUUCAGUUUUGAAAAAGGUGUUGGGACAUCAGAUGAGAGGCUAUUGUGAGACGCGUUGGGUAGAGCGUCACGAGGCUGUUUUAGAAUUCACAGAAGACAUGCCUAAAAUUGCGGAAGCUCUCAAAUGCAUAUCACAGUGGAGGGACAGCACAACGUCAAGUAAAGCCCGCGCUCUGUUGUGCUCAAUUUCAACUUGUGAUUUUAUCAUCACAAUGCAUUGCCUGAGUGACACAGCAGAUGUUACAUGUGGUCUUAGUAAAUAUCUACAAACAGAAGCUAUAGAUGUAUGCUCAGCCAAAAGUAAAAUUGACAAUAUGAUGAAAACCAUUCAGAAUAAAAGAGACAAGACCAACGAAUUCUUCCUUUUAAUUUUCAGUAGUGCUGAAAAAACCAUGGACGCGAUGGAUGUACAAAUGCGUGUCCCCAGAAUUGUACGGAAGCAAGUUAAUAGGCCCAACUACACACUAUUAACAGGUGACAACCAACGAUCACAAGUUUCAAAGUAUUGGGAAACUGCUGUUUACAUACCGAUUCUAGACAAUCUCAUAACUGAUUUGACAAGCAGAUUUUCAGACGAGUCUUUGGAUUGCUACAAGCUAAACAUUUUAGUUCCAUCAACGUUAGAUUCCGUGUCAAAUGUGAAAUCCAGCUUUGAAAGUAUUUGUGAUAAAUACUCUUCUGUAUUGUCAAUUAAAAAGGAAACAAUGCUAAUGAAGAUUUUGAAUGAGAUUUGCUCCCUAAAGAACAUGGUUAACUACAACGUCUUCAAAGAAAUCAGUACCCCUAUGACGUGUUUUCAAAAUCUUGAUGAGCACAACUACCCUAUUUUGAAGUCUUUGGUGCAGAUCCUGCUUACUUUACCAAUAUCAAUAGCAACAGCAGAGAGAUCAUUUUCUACGCUGAGGCGAUUGAAAAGCUGGAUGAGGACCAGAAUGACCGAAGACCGCCUGACCGGACUGGCUCUCAUGAAUGUUCACAGGGAUAUAGAAGUGGACAUCAAUAAAAUUAUCGAUCGGUAUUCCAGCAAGAAGAAUAGAAAACUGGAUUUUGUAAUUUAAGGGAAAACAACGUAGUUUUUGUUAAGCCAAAGUAUUUUUGUUUUGUUUUAUAAUUUACUUCUAAUGUCAGUAAUUAAAUCAUACUAAACAUAA